CAUGGAGGGCAUUCCUAUGUGGUUGUUUGUAAACAACUUGAAACCUGCCUCAACUCGGUGGCUGAAAACGAUCUAGAAGGCUCCUUUAAUUCAAUUUGACUGCUGAGAAGGAUGAUAUUCCUCUUAAACUGUGUUUUUUAGAACGGAUCGCCCUACAUUUCUUGACCUUGGCACACAGAAGGAGAAUACAGAACAUUCUGAAUAGUUACCAAAACUUGUAAAAUUAUUUAUGAUUUCUUUGAUAUACCAAAGAUUUUAAACAGCACGAAUUCAGUGGUAAUUGAAGGCUCUUAGUCGAGAAAAAUCAGAGAAUUACUGGUACGAGGUAUAUCGUGAUAUUUGUGAUGCAGAGGGGACAAACAGAUAAAGAUCGGCGUCGAAACGCCACACAAGAGUGUCAAGCUCUAAGGGAUUUAGUGAACAAGUUGAAGAUGGAACUUUUGCAAAGUCAAGUGGAAACUCAAAAAGUUAAAGAUCAACUCCAGUGUAUGAUAUAUCUUGUUCGCCGAGCUUGGCAGGGAGAUGAUGUAGCAUCAAUACAUGUAGCCAAUAUUGUAGGUGUGGCCCCACCAAAGAUGCAGAGGUCAGAUCAUGAUGAAAUUGUGGCCACACCCAAGUCUAGAGCUCUGAAUGGCUGGGCUCGACUUGUUAUUGGUCUGUUAAAUCGUAUGUACCAAGAGGAAGAACUUGAACUACGCGCUAAACAACUUUUGUACAUGCGUGACAGAGAAGAACUACUUGACGAGCAGCUUAUGUCACACAAGGAUAUCACACGCCAUCAAACGAAUGUUUCCCUUUUGCAAACCAAUACCUUACAGUUACUACAGGCCAAAGAAGAAUGCAAAGCUCGAGAGAGAGCGGAGGAACGAGAGCAAAUUGAACAGCAAAAACAAGAAUUGAAAGCAAAGUUUAGAAGGAGGCCACCAAGGCUUCAAACCCACGGCGUGGCCCGGAAGGACAGUGUGGAGAGAAUUGUUGACUUAGAUAUGUCUGGUAACCUCUUGAUCAGCCCGGUGAGGAGCAAGAAGAUAGCAGCUAAGGAAAGUACUCAGGAGAGACUUGUUAAUAGUCCAGAAGAUCUGGAAGAUGAAGCUAUAGUCGAAGGAUCGUCCUCCUCAUGCAGCAAUAUCAAGAAGGAAAGCGCUAAUUCAAACGAUGUCUUCCUCACAAGAAGAAGAUCUAGCUCUUUAAGCCGGGAGGAAGCAAACUUACCGAAACAGAAAAGAAAUGGCAAUCAUACUCGUUCACAGACAAGCGAUUGGACUGGAAAAAGAAAACCUAGGCCCCAAACUGCAGCUGCGAAAAGUUCCAACACGGGGGGCAGCAUGGUUGUGAAGAGCAAAGGAAGGCCUAUGUCCGCCCACGUGACCCAGCCUAUGGCAUGGAGUAAACCCCCUCCAACCUUUGACACAAGUAAAACCAGAAGACAGUUAGAUCUCAUCGAAAGAGACUUGAAGUUCACAACGAAGGCGCUUCAGGAUCGACUGGGUAUUUCUAAACAAGGAUUUGUGUAAAUAAAACGAUUUCAAUGCCGUAGAAAAGGCAAUGCAAGGCUUAAGUCGCGUGGAGACCAUUUUGGCGUGUUUGCGGUAACAAAAGAAAUGUGUAAAAUUCAGUGGCGAGGUAAAAAACUGAGGCACACAAGGGGAGUUACAGUUAGAUUCCUUUAUAUGAACACAAAAGACUCAGAAAUCUAGCUAAAAGCUCAAUUAGUCAAUUUUAGCAAAUAUGGUGAAUUUUCUGCUAUGUCUGCUCCUAACGGAAUCGGUUAUUUUUGAGCCACGCAUACCCGGAUUGAUUUAACAGUUUGACUACAUGUAAGAGUGAAAUAAA